CGACGACGCCCGCCGAGGCGUUCCUGCGGAGCAUCCGGAGGCGGUCGCUGCGCGUGCGGCGAUCCAAGUCGCUGGUCAUCGACCACGCCAGCGAGAAGCGCAAGUCUGACUCGUUCGUGAACAGCCAGGAGUGGACGCUGAGCCGCGCUGUGCCCGACCUGCGGCUGGGCAUCGUGGGCAGCCUGGCGUCGGGCAAGUCGGCGCUGGUGCACCGCUACCUGACCGGCUCCUACAUGCAGGAGGAGUCGCCCGAGGGCGGCCGCUUCAAGAAGGAGGUGCUCUGCGACGGCGGCUCCUACCUGCUGCUCAUCCGCGACGAGGGCGGGCCGCCAGAGAUGCAGUUCAGCGCGUGGGUGGACGCCGUCAUCUUCGUGUUCAGCCUGGAGAACGAGGCCAGCUUCAACGCCAUCUACACCUACUACACCAAGAUGGCGCACUUCCGCAACUCGGCCGACAUCCCGCUCAUCCUGGUCGGCACUCAAGACGCCAUCAGCGAGAGCAACCCGCGCGUCAUCGACGACGCGCGCGCGCGGAAGCUGGCGGCCGACCUGAAGCGCUGCUCCUACUACGAGACCUGCGCCACCUACGGCCUCAACGUCGAGCGCGUCUUCCAGGACGCGUGCCAGAAGAUCGUGGCGCAGCGUCUGGCGGCGGCGGUGCCCGCCCCCGCGCCCGCGCCGCCCCCGGCCGCCCCCGGAGGCGGCUCGCGGCCCCCGACGCCUAGCGGCGCGCCGCACUUCGCCGUCCCGCAGGCUCCGGCGCCCACGGUGCAGAGGCCGUCUUCGCAGCACCAGCUGUCGCCCACCAACAACGGCAGCAGCUGCACGCUGCUGGGCGGCAGCCAGCCCAGCCUGGUGGCCGCCUCCGCCGCCGCCGCCGCCUCCGCCUCCCCCAACCACGCCAGCACCCUCACCCACAAGGAGGCGGCGAGCGUGGCGGGCACGCUGCGGCAGGUGCACACCCUGUCGUCGGCCGGCAAGCACCGCGCCUCCGCCCCCGCGCCCGCCCCCGCCCCCGCCUCGCAGCAGCCGGCGCAGCAGGACUCGAACCGGCAGCUGGAGGCCGCGCCGCACGACAACAACAACGUGAAGGCGCUGGACAACCUGCAGCCGCCCGCGCAGGGCCGCGACAAGGACCUGCCCACGCCCUCCUCCACCCCCACCACCUCCAGGAAAAGCCGCAGGCGGUCGAACCUGUUCACCCCCUCCAAGAAGGGCGAGGACAAGCUGAAGAACGGCACGGAGCUGGGCAGUGGACGAGCCAUCCCACUGAAGCAGGGCUACCUGUACAAGCGCUCCAGCAAGGCGCUCAACAAGGAGUGGAAGAAGAAGUACGUGACGCUCUGCGACGACGGCCGCCUCACCUACCACCCCAGCCUGCACGACUACAUGGAUGACGUGCACGGCAAGGAGAUCUCGCUGCAGUACGUGACGGUGAAGGUCCCCGGGCAGAAGCCGCGCGGCUCCAAGUCCGUCGUCUCGGCCGGCGCCGGCGCCAACAACGGCAUCAACGAGAGCCUCAGCUCGCUCACCAUCACCAGUUUCCAAGGCAAGGAGAGGCGGACUGCGGACAAAGUGCUGCUCACUGCCUUCGAGCUACGCAGUGACCCCAGCAGCCGGCUCAUCCAGUCGUCCACCAAUGAAGAUGCUGUGAUUCUGUCGAAUAAUGCCAUUUCCCAGUCACUCCUAAAUGGCACCGACAUGAAAAUAGAAACACCAAAUGUAAAGAAGAGGCACCGAAGAAUGAAAAGCAGUGGGAUGAAGAACACGGAAUGUGACGACUCUGACGGCUACGAAUUCUUCAUUGUCUCCCUGGACAACAAACAGUGGCAUUUUGAAGCCAGCAACUCAGAGGAAAGGGAUGAGUGGGUUAUGGCCAUUGAGCAGCAAAUCCUCAACUCACUGCAAGCCAACGAGAGCCUCAAGACGAAAUUCUACGGCGCUGACGCAGCAUCGCUGGAGGCGAUCAGGACGAGGGUUCCCGGCAACUCGCACUGCGUGGACUGCGAUUACCCCAACCCAGACUGGGCCAGUGUCAACCUGGGGGUUCUGAUGUGCAUCGAGUGCUCCGGUGUGCAUCGCAACUUGGGUUCCCACAUCUCGAGAGUGCGGUCGCUGCAUCUUGACGAGUGGACGCCGGGCCAGCUGAGCGUGAUGCUGGCGAUGGGGAACGCGACGGCCAACAGCCUGUGGGAGGCGUCGCUGCACCCGGGCCGUGCCAAGCCUACGCCCAACUCGAGCCGUGAGGAGAAGGAGCGCUGGAUCCGCUCCAAGUACGAGCACAAGGAGUUCCUGGCGGCAGCGCCGGCGGGUGCGCCACUGGCGCAACAACUGGUGGAUGCCGUCUGCAGGAGUGACAUAAAGACGCUGGCGCUGCUGCUGGCGCACGCGACACCUGACCAGGUGAAUGCGACGGUGAGCGCGCGGGACCUACGCACGCCACUGCACCUCGCCUGUGCCACCAGAAACCUCGCCGUCGCGCAGCUCCUCGUCUGGAACAAUGCAAACGUCCGUGCCGUCGACCACGAGGGCAGGACGUGCCUCGCGUAUGCCGCGGGCAGCGAAGAUAUCGAGCUGGUAGAACUGCUGGCGAGCUGCGCGUGGCAGGCCCCGGGCGGCGGCACGUAGCGGAGGGUGCCGCCCGAUGUGACGGGCUGAAGCCGGCAGACCGGAGGUGGUGGGACGGGGCUCGAGGUGGUCCCUGCCACGCUCUGACUGCGAAUCUCAGCUGGUCGGCACCACAGCCACCUUCUCUCUCUCUCUCUCUCUCUCUCUCUCUCUCUCUCUCUCUCUCUCUCUCUGUCUCUCUCUGUCUCUCUCUCUCUCUUCUUAUGAGUUGUCAAUACUCAUGUGAGAAUUUUGUAUAUCAUUUCACUACCUUCUGUACUGGCCAGAAUUGCCUUUUUUGGUCUCUUCUGCUAUAACUUGAAGCUUCACCUUUUGUAUGAUAUUUAAUCAUUUCCUACACACACCUCAGGUCCUUCCUCCUUUGCACUACGUAUCCGUUACGAGAGUGUGUUUCUCGACUGCACUUUCUCAUUUACUGGGAAUUAAUCUGGGCAUUUACUUGAAACUGAGUGUUUUAAGUAUACAGAAACACUGUGUAUUUACUGGAGAAUUAAACUUUGUCUCGAUCACUUAUUAUUAGUGAUAAACCAUGUACGAAAUGACAUCUUCCCGAAAGGGAGUUUUGUAACUACACUGGAAAUUCCUGUGUGGAAUAAUACAUAAAAUACAGGAAAGGUAACUCCUCUCCCAUAGCUGAGUGAUGUGUCGUGCACAGAAAUACACGACAAGAAACUGUAUUUACAAUAGCUUUUGAGCUCUCGCUCUUUCUCUAGUAAAUGUACACUCACUCACACACACAACCACCCAGACACUCAAAUGCACACGAAGUUAAGGCCGUAGGAGUGUCUAUUCUCAGGUGACCUGUAUGAGAAUGUAGGUGAUACCAAAAGCUAACAAACAUUAGACACCGAAAUGUCAGACCCGACAGCCUCCGCCUUACCCUAAGAGUGGCACUCUUCGUCCCCUAGUGGCUCCGUCAGACGUGUAUGCCUGUGCCAGAGGCAUACUUGUUUACUUUUAACAUUGUGACGAUACUAGUACACUCGGUCUGAAGAUGGGAACUCAUUUAUCGAAAGUGCACCAUUUAAAUGUGAUUCGUCGCUAAUUUGCGUGAUUUAGCCACAGUUUAAUGUCCGGUGUC